GUAGUACCAUAAACAAGGUUGCCAGUUUGGGCGAGUGUACGAAUACUUAGAAGAUAUUACCAUCCACUGGAAACCACCAACCCAAUCUGGCAACACUGAGUAUGAGGUUGAAGGACUAAGUAGUCUAAGGAGUCAUUGUUGUUGGCCUUCCUUCAGGAUGGAUGCUGACAGAUGCAAAAAAGAUUAGAAAGCACAGGAGGCUCAUAGAGCAUAUUUGUCCACCUCCUGCUUUUACAAAUUUCAAAGAUUUUUUAAAAAUAAAUGUUAAAACAAAAUAGAUAUUAAAUAACAGCAUGGUGAGAUGAAAAGAUAUGCAUGUGCAAAAGAUUAUUUCUUUCAAAAGAUUAUCUCUAACAUAAAAUAUUUACUAAGCAUUUAUACAUUUUAAGUCUUUGAAUAAAUAUUUACCAAGGUUCUACAAAGACUAUGGACGCAGGUGACCCUAAUCAGCAAGAGAUAACAUCAGCUGAGAUCAGACAGAUCAUGCCUUCUGUAUGGGUUGGGGGACAUGAUAGCUUCUCAGGACUCAGCACAAAAAUUAAGGAGUACACAGAAUUGGACCCUUUGCUUCAUAGUAACCAUCUGUUGUCAUCAGCAACAUCUGAUCUACAGCAUAAUGAGGAACAGUGGGCAAAUUGUGCUCAGACCAUGCCAAAUGAAUCAAUCUGCACUAUGGUGCUUCAGAUCCUGGUUCCUUUCCUUCUGGCUGGCUUUGGAACAGUAAUGGCUGGAAUGCUGUUGGACAUUGUACAGCACUGGGAGGUGUUUCAGAGAGUAACAGAUAUCAUGAUCUUGGUGCCACCAUUACUUGGCCUUAAAGGGAAUCUGGAGAUGACACUGGCAUCAAGACUCUCUACAGCGGUGAAUGUUGGCAAAAUAAACUCCUCAAGGGAGAAGUGGAGAUUGGUAAUCGGAAACCUUGCUCUCAAGCAGGUUCAGGCCACAGUGCUGGGUUUUCUUGCUGCACUGGUAGCCACAAUACUUGGAUGGAUUUUAAAUGAGAAUCUUAUCAUGAAUUAUGUAGCACUGUUGUGCUGUGGCAGUGUGGUGACAGCUUUCAUAGCAUCUUUAUUGCAAGGUAUCAUUAUGGUAGGUGUGAUUAUUGGCUCUAAAAGGUUAGGCAUCAAUCCAGAUAACAUAGCAACACCGAUUGCAGCCAGUUUUGGGGAUGUCAUCACUCUGGGUUUAUUUGCAGUCAUCAGUCAAGGCUUCUUUUACUGCACUGAGCUCUGCCCCUACAUUAUCUAUAUGGUGUGUGCUCUCUUUUUGCUUUUGACACCAAUCUGGGUUAUAAUUUCAUUCUGUCACCCCGAGAGCCACAGACUGCUCUAUUGUGGCUGGGAGCCCGUAAUCACAGCCAUGAUUAUCAGCAGCAUGGGUGGGCUCAUUUUGGACAAAACCAUAACCAAUCCAAACCUAAUGGGAAUAGCAGUUUACACACCUGUUAUAAAUGGGGUUGGCGGUAACCUGGUGGCCAUCCAAUCCAGCCGUAUUGCCACAUACCUACAUUUUCACUGUUUAUUGGGGAAGCUACCCGAAGAUACCAACGGCUGUUUCUGUCCAUCUCGCACCUUUUGUGGAAAAGGUUACAACAGCAGAACUGCUCAAGUGCUGAUUCUACUGGCCAUCCCAGGCCAUGUGAUAUUUUUCUGCAUCAUUUAUCUAAUGCAUGGUGGCCACACCAGCCCUACAGCAGUCUUCUUCACUCUCUACUUAGCAGCAGCUUUUACUCAGGUUUUUCUGCUGCUGUGCAUUGCUGAUUGGAUGGUUCAUUGCUUGUGGCGAUAUGGCCGAGAUCCAGAUAGCGUUUCUAUCCCAUAUCUCACAGCUCUGGGAGAUCUGCUGGGAACUGCCCUGUUGGCUCUCUGUUUUCACAUGCUCAGGGUUCUUAAUGACAAGGACACUCAUUUGGCUGACUGAGACAGACUUACUAAGAUGAUUCCCCUAAGUGCCUUCUAGGAGCCUUGUAGGGAUGGGACAUCUCAACUUCUGUGGAAGUAAAGCAACAUGAUUCCAGGCUGUGGCCAUUGUGGGUUGGCCAUCCAGACAACUCCCUUACUAGGCUUGGGCCAACCUGAAAUGCUUUGGUGGACCCUAUUCCCCUGCUAGGGAGGACUUCCUUCUUUUUAAGUGAGGUAAAAGCUACCCCUGAGACUAAAGGCUGUAUCAGCAAGGUACAGUUUAGAGCACUCUGAUGAAGAGCUUUUUGUAAUGCAGCCAAGUGCAACAAUAACUGACAACCACCUGCAAAAUGUUUUUUUUUAAUUAUUUUUUUAAAUUAAGCAGAUCUCCUGGUCAUAUACUUAAA